AUGAACAAAAACGGAACAGCUAAAAUGAAUGAUAAUCAAAUUAGAGCAGAAGGUAGAAGGUUAUUUAAACGCUUCUAUAACAUUCCUGAUGGUGUUAAUCCUAAAACUCGUAGAAGCUAUUUAAAUGAAGCAAUAGAUUCAUAUGAAGGGUUUGACAUUUCAUCAGAAAGUGAGAGAUUAGCGAGAAUGUUAAAUGUUAAUAUUGAUUUCUAUUAUUGUGAUCCUCAACCAGAAGACGUGGACAUAAAUAAGGUAGACUUUCCAUUAGUGGAUUCAAUAAUGAUAGAUCCAGAAUUUGAAACAGUAAAUAUUUUAUUAACACAGAGUCCAUGUGGAAAACUUCACGCUGACAGAAUAACAGACGUUGAAGCACUCACCGGCUAUAGAGUUUGUCCAUAUUGUAAAGAAGAAGUUUAUUCUAUCCGUGAUGAUCCAGAAAGGAAAAACCAAAGAAGAUUUUUAAAGCAUUGUGAGAAAUGUAAAGAAAAUAAUGGAAGAUUAAUUCAAGACGUUCAAUUGCAAAAGACCAGCAACCAUAUGC